CUUGGAUCAUAACCGUGCCGAGUCACUGUUUGCAAUACUCGCGUACUAUCACUCCAUUAUCAGUCAGCUAGGGCCGCCGCAUUGCCUCUCGUGCUAUUACUUUGGAUAUCAACAACUCUACUUUUCUUCAGUAGUUUUAUUUCUUGCAAUUUAACGCGUGCAUAUUUGAUUAGAGCGAGGAAUUUCGCCUGAAGAUGCCGCCUACGGCCCUUCCGCCAGCUGCUGCGCGGACACCUAGUUCUGCGCAGGACAAGAAGGCAGAGAGAGUUGCGACGCGUCGCAUAGAGGAGGAAGAUAUCCGACCGUAUGUGCUUACGAGCGAGUUAGGGAAGGGAAGCUUUGCAAUUGUAUAUAAGGGGUAUAACGAGAAUACGAAGGAACAUGUUGCGAUCAAAACUGUCAGUCGCAGCGGGCUUUCAUCCAAGUUAUUCGAUAACCUGCAGAGCGAGAUUGACAUCCUGAAAUCGCUUUCGCAUCGUCAUAUCACGAAGCUUAUAGACAUCGUGCGUUCGGAGAAGAAUAUCUACCUUAUUAUGGAGUAUUGCUCCGGAGGUGACUUAACGAACUACAUCAAGAAGAGGGGAAAGGUUGACACACUGGAAUAUGUGCCGUCGCCAGGUGCUGCUCCAAUUUAUUACCCUCAUCCGAAGGCUGGAGGUUUGGACGAAAUUGUAGUCCGGAGUUUUUUGAGACAACUCGGUCGGGCACUCAAGUUCCUCCGAAGUAGAAAUCUCAUCCACCGUGACAUCAAACCCCAGAAUUUACUCCUCAAGCCAGCUUCCCCUGAGGAACUAGCACGCGGUCAUCCAUUGGGUGUACCGAUUCUAAAGGUCGCCGAUUUCGGUUUCGCUCGUAUGCUCCCGAACGCGAUGAUGGCGGAGACGCUUUGCGGCUCGCCGCUUUACAUGGCGCCGGAAAUCUUGAGAUACGAGAAGUAUGAUGCAAAAGCCGACUUAUGGAGCUUGGGUGCUGUCCUGUACGAGAUGACGACAGGUCGCCCUCCAUUUCGUGCCCAGAAUCAUAUUGACUUGCUUAAGAAGAUUGAGCAUUCGAAGGCCAUCCGAUUUCCGGACGAAGACCAACCUGAGGGCGAAAGGGACCCAGAACUCAAACCGAUACCGCAGGAUAUCAAGGGACUCAUACGCAGCCUUCUGAAACGUUUCCCAGCACAGCGGGCAAGUUACGAUGAAUUCUUCAAUAGCACUGCGUUGGCAAAGUCGAAAUUCCCCCGACCAAUGAAGGACAAGGAUGUAGUGCCAUUAUCGGCGAGGGCUUCUAGCUCUGGGCAUGGAGAUGCUGAGACGGUUGUGAUCGGAACGGUGACCAAGCGCCCAAAGCUUGCAGUACUGCAGGACGCGCCGAUUCCAGAAAACGAUCGAAUUGCGCCACCACUUCCAGGUGGUGAUGCAGCCGUUAAAGACUUGAAGGAAGGCCGACUUGUGACGCAGACUAGGUUGUCCUUUCGCAAGAAAGAGAACGUUUCUCCGGUGCUUCCGAUACCUGACGCUUUUUCUAAUGGUCAUCGCAGUGGGAGCCCUCCUUUCGGCACUGCCGCGGAUCCUGUCCAAGCAGAGCCCGUGAGGAAAUUGGCUUUGGAAGUGCGAACGAAAGGGAAGCCUUUGUCAACGGAGGCAUCGAUCAUUCCUGGCGAGAGCGAAGAAGAUGGAAUUUUGAGGCGCGAAUAUGUGAUGGUCGGUGAUAAUCAAGCCAUCGAGUUUGGAAAGAAAGUGGAUGAAAUCACGGCGGCCCGAAGACGCUCUUCUGCGGGUGGCUCCCCUACCACUGAGAAACGGCACUCUCAAGUAUUUCGACAGAGCUCCGACGGAGGAUCUCCCGUUGCAGGACCUGCUGCUAAUACAGCUUUCCCGCCUCCGCCAAAUCCAAACGCCCCACCACUGUCCGCUUCUCCGUCGAGAGGAAGUGCUCUGACACGUGCUAUUAGCAUUGCGUCUAAGAAGCUCUUCGGGUCAUCGACACCCGGUUCUGGUCGCUCACCGUCGGUGUACCCAUAUAACCCCGAGCGCAAUGUGGAAAGAGCGUACAAUGAAAAGCAACAGUCUCCAAUGAGGGUGCCUUUGAUCUUGGGUGGGGCGAAUGGGACGAUGCGUGAUCCACUAGAAGAGGAAUUAUUGGCUGGACUUGAGGAGUUGGCACAGAAGACGGACGUAUUGACACGUUGGGCGGAUGAAAUGUAUGAGUACGUCAAAGCCGUACCUCAGAAACCUCUUCCCCUAUCGUCGAAGUUCGAACGUCUCGAUGGCGAGACUGAAAGUGCCACCGAACGCCGCCGGACCUCAAUGAUCGACGCAGAGUACAACGCUGUGGCAUGCAUCGCACUAUACCUACUACUUAUGUCGUUCUCGCAAAGGGGGAUUGAUCGACUAAGGGUACACCAAGAAGGUAUGAAGAUGCGAGAUCCAGAAGGACGGCUUGAAGUUAGCGAGGGGUUUGAUGAUGCACUCAACUGGUUCUCGACACAUUUUGUAAAGUGCAGCGAUCGAGUCGCAUUGGUGCGGACGUGGUUGCCUGAGACAGCUAUGGAAGGUCCUUCAUGGCUUGGUCAGUUAGUGUAUGAUCGAGCAUUGCAGCUCUCUCGUAAAGCUGCACACAUGGAACUCGUCGAGCAAGGAACCCCAAGCGAAUGCGCUGCGUUGUACGACGAAUCCCUCUGGUGUCUAUAUGCGCUCCAAGACGACCUUAUGCAAGCAGGUAAUCCAUUCCAGGAGGAAGAUAAAGUGACAAUUGAAACAUGGAUUGAAAAGACGAAGAAACGAUUAGCGAGUUGUCGGAAUAAGCUGCAGCUGCAGCAAGCUAUGGAAGGAAAGAAGGUCGGCAAUGAUGAGACAAAGAGUUCAAACAGUCCUGCGAGGGGCGUGACUCCUCGAGGGACGCCUCCCUGGGAGAAUCGGGCGUCGCCACUUCGGUAGUCCUCUGGUUUUUCAGCUUGCUUUGGCCAUGUCGGAUCGUCUAUUCUUAUCUGCUUCGUUGUUUUCUUGUGCUUUGUUUCUAUUUCGGAUUUUCUUUCUCCUAUAUCUCCCGCCAGUCUGCUCCCUUUUCCUUUCUUUCCCGUCGUUCGGUCUUCGUUGUUAUCACACGCUCUUCUUGGGUUCGUUCAUGUUUAUUUUUCACGUCAUGCCGUCAUAUCGUUUCCGGCUCUACCUUUUCUUUGAAUUUAUUAUCAAACAUCUGUACCACCACAUCAUCGACGUCUGCCCCCAGUUUUGUUAAAGAUCAAUCCACGUAUUGCAUAUACUCCAAUCAAUUUGUAUACCACAGCUUCCUCCCGAACCAUCAUUACACAGGAUUCUCCAGUUAUUUCUAUCGUAACGUAGACUGGGUUUGUUCCUUCCUGUAUGUAACAUAUUGGGGUUUCCGUUCUUGGAUUUCA